CAAGCUCUUUAUAUUUUCCUAAGUUCUGAAUUCCAUAUUAAAGAAAUUUCAAUUUUCGUUCAAAAUGCAGAUUUUGAAAAUCGCCCUCGGAACCGUAUCCGAAGCAAGCCACCCAAAUUCUCUCAAGGCCGCUUUGGUUGAGUUCUUCUUGAUGCUCAUUUUCAUCUUUGCUGGCCAAGGCACUGGCAUGACUUUUAGCAAGCUAACAGACGAUGGGUCAACCACACCAGCCGGAUUGGUUGCGGCGGCCCUAGCUCAUGCCUUUGCUCUGUUCGUGGCAGUUUCAGUUGGUGCUAACAUUUCUGGAGGUCAUGUGAACCCUGCUGUGACAUUUGGUGCCUUCAUUGGUGGUCACGUAACCUUGUUGAGAAGCAUUUUGUAUUGGAUUGCCCAAUGCCUCGGAUCAAUCGCUGCUUGCUUGCUUGUCAAGUAUGCAACUGGUGUACAGGAAAUAUCAGCAUUUUCCCUAUCAUCUGGUGUUACAGUGUGGAACGCACUGGUUUUCCAGAUGGUGAUGACCUUUGGUCUGGUUUACACCGUGUACGCCACAGCCUUGGACCCCAAAAAGGGUAACGUGGGCAUUGUUGCACCCAUCGCAAUUGGUUUCAUAGUAGGCGCCAAUAUCUUAGCUGGAGGUGCCUUCGAUGGUGCAUCCAUGAACCCAGCGGUGUCUUUUGGCCCAGCCGUGGUCAGCUGGACAUGGGACAACCAUUGGGUCUACUGGCUCGGCCCGUUCCUGGGCUCUGCCAUCGCCAGCUUGGUGUAUGAAGUCUUCUUCAUACUCCCAAGCGUUCAUGAGGUGCUCCCCGCCACUGAUUACUGAGAAUUCUUGUUUGUCUAUCUCUCUCUUUCCCCUCUGUGGGUCCCUCUUCUCUCGAAAGUGGUGAAAGUGUAUGCGCGUUUAGUGUCAUUUGGUUUCAUUUUCCAGGAGUUGGAGCAGGCCUGCUUUGGCUGUUGUUUGUUGUGAACUCAACAUCAUGUGAAGUGUGAACUGUCUUGUUUCUCUGGGAAUCAAUUGUUGGCCUAAGCAUUCAUCUGUGUCCAGUUGGGUGCUAACUAGUUAGACUUUGUUAUUCUUCCUAACUGUGUCCAAUGGAU